UAUUGUUGACGAAAAAUGCUUGGCGCCAAGGCGCCCUAAAAUUGCUGUAGACAUUGUUUUAUUUUGAUAUACAUUAAUAUAAACACAAAAUGCCUGCAUUUUUAAAGUACAUUGAUAUGGAAAACUUCAAGUCCUAUCGGGGGCAUCACCGCAUAGGGCCUCUGAAGUCUUUCACCGCCGUCGUGGGUCCGAAUGGAUCAGGUAAAUCAAACUUUAUGGAUGCCGUAAGUUUUGUAAUGGGUGAAAAAACUUCUCUUCUUCGUGUAAAGCGGCUCAGUGAUUUAAUUCAUGGUGCCUCAAUUAACAAACCUGUCUCCAGAAGCGCAUCUGUGACAGCAACAUUUAUAUUAGAGGAUAUGACAGAGAAGCACUUUCAAAGAUCUGUUAUAGGACAAUCGUCUGACCAUAAGAUUGAUGGACAGUCAGUGGCAGUAAGCCAAUACUUGUCAGAGCUGGAAAAGCUCGGCAUCAAUGUGAAAGCGAAGAACUUCCUUGUAUUCCAAGGGGCUGUGGAAAGUAUUGCUAUGAAAAACCCCAAAGAGAGAACUGCACUUUUUGAGGAGAUAAGUGGGUCUGGAGUUUUAAAAGAGCAAUAUGAAGCAUGCCGUGCUGAAGUGAAUCGUGCUGAUGAGGAAGCUCAGUUUUCUUAUCAAAAGAAGAAGGGUGUAGCAGCAGAACGGAAGGAAGCCAAGUUUGAAAAGGAGGAAGCUGAGAAAUACACAAGAUUGAAGGAAGAGUUGCAACAACAAAAAGUCGAACUUCAAUUAUUUCAUCUGUAUCACAAUGAGAAAGACAUCCAAGCGGCUGAGGAAGAGUUGCAACAUAAGCAGACGGAGCUGACCAAGGUGGAGAAGAAACGGCAGAAGGCGGAGGAUGCUCUAAAGGAGAAGAAAAAAGAAUCUGGAACUGUGCAACGGGAGCUUGCUAAGAUUGAACAAGACAUACGAGAAGUGGAAGCGGAGGUCUCCAAGAAGCGUCCGACCUUCAUCAAGGCGAAGGAGCGCGUGACGCACACGCAGAAGAAGCUGGAGAGCGCCGUCAAGACGCUGGAGCAGGCCCGGAAGGCGCACGAGGCGCACCAGGCGGACAUCAGUAAGCUGGAGGAGGAGCUGCGGCAGGUGGAGGAGCAGAAGGCGACUUGGGAGGCAUCCAUUCUCGGUACCAGCGCCUCGCGAGCAGACGUGCAUCUCGAGGAAGCGCAGAUUCGAGAAUACGAGGAGCUGAAGAUGGAGGCGUCCCGCCAGGCGGCGCGCUACCUGCAGGAGCUGGACUCCGUCAACCGAGAGCAGAAAGCGGACCAGGACCGGCUGGACAACGAGAUGCGGCGCAAGGGGGAGGUCGAGAACAAGCAUCGACAGAAGGGGCACGAGCGCAACGAGGCCACGAAGCGCGUGGAGAAGCUGAACGAGCACAUCAAGAGCUCGGAGCAGGCGCUGGAGGAGCAGCGGCGCCUGCGGGCCGAGCUGCAGGCCGACGUGGGCUCGUGCCGCGGGCGCGCCGCGGCGCUGCAGGCGGCGCUGGAGGACGUGGCGGCGCAGCUGGGCGACGCGCGCGUGGACAAGCACGAGGAGGCGCGCCGCCGCAAGAAGCAGGAGAUCGUCGAGAGCUUCAAGCGCGAGAUCCCCGGCGUGUACGACCGCAUGAUCAACAUGUGCCAGCCCACGCACAAGCGCUACAACGUGGCCAUCACCAAGGUGCUCGGCAAGUACAUGGAGGCCAUCGUCGUCGACACCGAGAAGACGGCGCGCCGCUGCAUCCAGGUGCUCAAGGAGCGCAUGCUGGAGCCCGAGACCUUCCUGCCGCUCGACUACAUCCAGGCGAAGCCGCUGCGCGAGCGGUUGAGAGACAUCAAAGAACCCAAGAACGUGAAGCUGCUGUUCGACGUGCUGCGUUUCGAGCCGGCCGCCAUACACCGCGCGGUGCUGUUCGUCACCAACAACGCGCUGGUCUGCGAGACCCCCGAGGACGCCUCGCGAGUGGCCUACGACCUCGAUCGCACCAAAAACAGCAGAUACGACGCCCUCGCUCUGGACGGCACGUUCUACCAGAAGUCCGGCAUCAUCUCCGGCGGCUCGCUGGACCUCGCACGUAAAGCCAAGCGUUGGGACGAGAAGCACCUCUCACAGCUGAAAGCCAAGAAGGAGAAGCUGACGGAGGAGCUACGCGAGUCCAUGAAGAAGUCCCGCAAGGAGUCCGAGCUGACGACGGUGGACUCGCAGAUACGCGGCCUGGAGUCCCGCCUCAAGUACGCGCUCACCGACCGCGACGCCACGCUAAAACAAAUAAGCACUCUCGACGCGGAGCUCGCGGAGCUGGAGCGCAAGAUUGAGAUGUUUGGGCCUCAAGUCGAGGAGAUCGAGCGCACGAUCUGCGCGCGCGACGCCAAGAUACAGGAGAUCAAGGAGAACAUGAACAACGUCGAGGACGUCGUCUUCAGAGGGUUCUGCCGGGACAUCGGCGUCGCCAACAUACGGCAGUACGAGGAGCGCGAGCUGCGCGCGCAGCAGGAACGCGCCAAGCGCCGCAUGGAGUUCGAGGCGCAGAUAGACCGCAUCGCUUCCAACCUGGAGUUCGAGCGCUCGCGGGACACGCAGAAGAACGUGACGCGGUGGGAGCGCACGGCGCAGGACGGCGAGGACGAGCUGGAGGCCAGUCGUCAGGCCGAGGCCAAGCAGCGCCAGGACAUCGACCGCGAGCUGCGCCGCGCCGACGCGCUCAAGGCCGACCGCACCGCCGCGCGCGCGCAGCAGGAGCGCGCCGACGACGCCGUCAGCGCCGCCCGCAAGGAGGUGGCCAGCAUCCAGAAGGACAUCGCCAGCGUGCAGAAGCAGAUCGCGAGCAUCGAGGCGCGCAUCGAGAGUCGCCGCAGCGAGCGACACAACAUCCUGCGCCAGUGCAAGAUCGACGACAUAAUGAUUCCACUGCUGGAGGGCAGCCUGGAUGACACGGCGGAGGGCGAGUCGGAGCAGUCGAGCGCCUCCAGCGCACAGUUGCACCUCCGAGACUCCAGGCUGCGCGUGGACUACCGCUCGCUGGGCGAGGCGCUGCGAGAGCUGGAGGAGCCGGACGAGAUCAAGCGGAAGGCAGACAAGCUGCAGAAGAGCAUCAACUCGCUGCAGAAUACCGUCGACAAGAUACAGGCGCCCAAUAUGAGGGCAAUGCAAAAAUUGAAUGAGGUGCGGGAGAAGGUGAACGCAACGAACGAAGCCUUCGUCGCGGCGAGGAAGCGCGCGCACAAAGCUAAGCUGGCAUUCGAAAAGGUGAAAAAAGAACGUCACGACAAGUUUAUGAUGUGCUUCGAGCACGUCGCUAAUGAAAUCGACGCCAUUUACAAGGCGCUGGCCAUGAACCAGUCCGCGCAGGCGUUCCUGGGCCCCGAGAACCCCGAGGAGCCGUACCUGGACGGCGUCAACUACAACUGCGUGGCGCCCGGCAAGCGCUUCCAGCCCAUGUCCAACCUCUCUGGAGGGGAGAAGACCGUGGCCGCGCUCGCGCUGCUCUUCGCGAUCCACAGCUUCCAACCGGCGCCGUUCUUCCUGUUGGACGAGAUUGACGCGGCGCUGGACAACACGAACAUCGGCAAGGUCGCGUCUUUCAUCCGCUCCAAGAAAGGCUCGCUGCAGACAAUCGUCAUCUCGCUCAAGGAGGAGUUCUACGGCUGCGCAGACGCACUUGUAGGCAUUUGCUCGGAGCCGGCCGACUGCCUCGUCAGUGACGUCAUCACACUCAGUCUUGAAAGUUAUAAUGACUAGAUUUAAUUUGCUGUUAUUCCAUAGUUAUAAGUUAUUGUAUUAUGACAUUACUCGGCCAAUAUCUCUUUAUGUAUAUGAUUAAUUAAAAAUAAUAAAAUUCAAC